AUGGCGACUUGGGCAGUCCUUUUUGUGCUUAUUGUUUCAGUGGUUGCUCAUGCGGCUGGAGCACGGAAUGUGCCUACUGAUGUUGCUCUCGAUGAGCAAAAACUUCUGAGUGACAAUGCAUCAAAAGAAACUACUCUCAACAUUGCCUCAAAUGAGCAGACUAUUAUGGAUGCUGAUGCGCCGAAGGCGGAGGCACCCGGUGACGCUGGCCUUGCUGACAAAAAGAAUUUUAUUUUCGGUGGUGUUGGAGGUUAUGCUGGUGUGGGUGGUUUUGCUGGCGGUGUUGGGCUGCCACUUCUUGGUGGGCUCGGUGGCAUUGGGAAAUAUGGUGGAAUUGGAGGAGUUGGUGGACUAGGUGGGGGUGUUGGUGGUCUCAAAGGUCUCGGUGGUGGAGGUGGCCUUGGUGGUGGAGGUGGCCUUGGUGGUGCAAGUGGCCUUGGUGGUGGAGGUGGCCUUGGUGGUGGGGGUGGCCUUGGUGGUGGAGGUGGCCUUGGUGGUGGGGGUGGCCUUGGUGGUGGAGGUGGCCUUGGUGGUGGAGGUGGCCUUGGUGGUGGAGGUGGCCUUGGUGGUGCAAGUGGUCUUGGUGGUGCGGGUGGCCUUGGUGGUGCGGGUGGUCUUGGCGGAGCUGGUGCUGGUGCUGGUGGCGCUGCCGGUGUUGGUGGCGCCGCUGGUGUUGGUGGCGCUGCUGGUGGAGUUGGAGGUGGCCUUCUCCAUCAUCCUUGA